AUGCAUAUGCAGCUUAGGAAGAGAAAAAGGGUUGACUAUACGGGGAGAAAUUUAACGUCUGAUUCUCCGGCAAUCACAACUGUACCAUCUAUUGUCGUCCCCAAAAAACGUAAACUUACCACAACGAACAUAAUUGCCUCGACUGUUUCAAGCACUGCUCCGACAAUGAGCACCUCUAAUAUAAUAAUACCGAAACCUUUGCAACGCCCCAAAUUUCAUAAUACCAUGAACUCAUCUCCACCUGAUGAAGACUUUGAAAAGAUCCCGGUUUUGGAAGUUCAGAAAAAUUUAUUGGAUUUGAUCAAAAGACAGGAAAGUUUAUUCUAUAAGAACAUUGAUAAACCGACUCUCGUUGGACUGAAGAACUUCGAAAUGUUGAGGUUGCCCAAUGACUUACAACUCCUACAAAAUAUUGUAAGCUUAUUGCACUUAUUCGAGCAACUAAACCAUGAUUCGAAAGGAAAAUCAGCUAGUGCUGGCAGAGCUAAGACCUUCUCUCAAAGCCACUUGAAUAAGUUAAAAAAACUAUAUGCUGAGAAAAAGAAUUUGCUUAGUCAUCCCAACCAUAACGGUAACACCCGUAAUGACAUCGUCAUCCAUGAGAUAGCGACCCUACACUCUAUAAACCUGAUAGACUUGCUAAACCUGGAAAUGUACAACAGCACAUGUCACACUAAUAACGUAACGUUGCAAACUACAGCACACUCAAUGACGGUUAACAGUAUUAUUAAAAAACUUGACAAACCAAUACUAAAAGAGAGGAAUAAUACUUUAAUAUGGCCUCACAAACAUAGAUAUAAGGCAAAGAAAAACCAGCAUGCGCAAAGCGAAUCGUUAGCUAAUAAUUCCAAUAUUACUCUUUAUAACGAUAUAUAG